AACGCGGACUUAGGUUAUGUUAUUGUCGUUUUCUAAUCGAAAAUACGUAGAUUUAAGAUAAGGCUUUCUUGUUAUCUCUGUGAAAAACUAAAAAAUGUCUAUACAAGUGGAAAAUAACUUAAAAACAGAAGAACACAAGGAUAAAUUCGAGCAGACAGCGCACUACAUACCUUGUAAAAUAGACUCCGAUGGCCCAGCCAAUGUAGAAAAAUAUUUCGUUCCAUACAUCGUUGAUAAGGAUGGAGAAUUAACUGCAUCGUUCCGAGGCCAUUCUCUAGAUGGUAAGAAGAUGACACUACCUGAAGGUUACAGAGCCGUUACAGUUACUGAAACUAAAAGGCCAUUGGCUGAAGAUGUUGAAAGAAAGUUUCAGGUAACGGGUGGUUUCAAAGAGUUCACAUAUUGGAACUGGGACCAGAAACCUACCAAGAACGAUAAGAUGGAGAGAGCAUUCGACUGGAUUGAUAUAAGUGAUGCUAUGCAUGGAGACUGAUAUUCGGUAACAUCAAACCCUUUAUUCCUUAAUUUAGUAGUUUCACGAUAGUUAUUAUAAAAAUAAUGUUUCAAAAUUUCGAUUAAUUUGUAAUAAUUUUAUUAUAACUUUCGUGAGACAUACUAAAUUAAUUAUUACGUUAUCGGCUUACUCACGUAAUUGUUUGACGAGGAACUCGACUAGUUUCAAGCCAUGUUAGAGGCUCAUAUUCAUGAGCAGCAUUCCGCGACACACGACGGUCGAUUGUCGCUGCUACUGACGACUCGAGUGUCGCGUCCUCUGCCUGGAAUCAUGCGCACUUUCCGGUGCGCGACUAUGUUGGCACAUUAGAGUCGUUCGCCAGCGGCUGCGUAGGUGUUACGAUUCCCGGGUCGACGCGAAACUAGUCGAGUUCCUCGUCAAACAGUUACGUAAAUAAGCCGAUAACAUAAUAAUCAAUUUAUAAGUGAUAAUAUUACUUAGUACUUUUUGUAAACUAUAAAUAAGGUAUCAAAAAUAAAACACAAACAUACAAACACAA